UUUUUUUGUACUUCCGAAAGACAGUCGUCACUUCAGUGUCCCCUUUAUAAGCGAGAGCGGAGGCAAUCUGUCUUUUUGUAAGGUGUAGAGUGUCGAUUGACUUCUUCGUAGGACAAGCUCAUGUUAAAAUGGUCGGUCACCUGGGUAGUCAGGUGGCUAGGGGCCACCACAAGUGGUAGGUUAAGUAGUCAGUUCGGGACUGUCCCGUCGAACUGCUGGGACGAAUCAGUUCAUUAUCAGUUAAACACUUGCAUUUACUACUUUUUGCACUUUUUUUGUUUUGCUGGGUAGUUAAUAUUGAUAAUAUUUUGUUAUAAUUGAUGAUUAUCAUUAUAAUACCCAAAUUGAUUAAAUAUCAAAUGGAAGUAAAAAUAUAAACAUUUUUAUUUAGUCAGUACUGUUUUCAUUUCAAAUAAAUGCUGUUGUAUCCAAAUUUUAUUUAAAAAAAGUAAAACUUUUAUUAAAUUUCACAAAUAAUGAAGUCCAAAGUAUUUCUUUUGGCAUUAUUUGGCAAUUUAUUUUCAACAAUACAGGCAACGUAUAUCAACGAAAAGCACGAAAACAUUACUAUAUUAGAAGGAACAAAUUCAAGUUAUACCAGCAAACAGGUAAUAGAGGGUAGACCCAUAGUGAUACACACUCAACUGCAACAUUAUGAUGAACCCACCUUGAAAGAAUAUGAAGAGUGUCAUAGAAAUCUAGAGAAAUGCAAAAAUGUCUGCGAAGGUGUUGAAGAUCCUAUUGCAUGUGCUAAACAGUGUCCGGUUUGUCCAUUUCUGGUGAAAGAGCAAAUUGUAGUGCAGGGUAUUAAUGAUACUUACGUGUCUUCAGCAACUAAAGUAAAACCACCACUUAAUACCACAAAUAUAAUACGUUUAACUAAUCAAAUUCAAAAUAUUAUCGAAAGUCAUCAAGGUAAUAUAAUGGUGCGCAAUGAUAACUUAGUGCAUAUUCAUCAGAAUACUUCGAGAGUGGGUGGUAAAUUUGGUUUGGGCUAUAAUAAUACUGACCCUUGUUGUAUAUUAGUGAAUACGGCAAAAACUUGUGAUUUAAAGAAAUUUUCAUCGGCAAAACGUUGCCAUCACAAACGGCAUCGGGUGUGUGGCAAACAGUGUAAAGCACGGGUAAUAAUGGCCAAACGUGUGUCUCAAUGCGAUAGCAAUGCCUUAAUGUUCGAUUCCAAUGAGGAUUAUAUUGAAGAAAAUUGUCAGGAAACUAUUAAAUAUGUACCUUAUCAUCCACAUAGACGACAUAAUACUAGAACUACCAACAGAUGCAAAUCUAUACCCUCUUGGCCUUAUGUAGCCUGCGGUCACAGUAUUCAAAAUUAUGAAAAUUCAAUAUGUAGACGUUGUCAAAGUUUAACCUACUAUCACAUCUUGCAGAGAGGCCUGCCAGCUGAAUGCAGUAAAUGUUUUAUGUCAUUCACUAGUCCUACUAUGGAAAUGUUUCCCUCAUCCUAUUCAUGGUAUCCACUUGGAGGUUCUUCUAUUUACGAUAAUACUUAUGGUUUAGAAGAUAAUUUUGAUUUAUCAGAUGAUUUUGAAUUAUCUUCGCCUUCUAAUACUUUCAACCCUUUACAAGAUUUGCCAGAAGCUCAAGACGAAUAUAUAGAGUAUAAUAAUAAUGAGGAUUAUAAAGAUGAUUUGGAGGAUAACAUACGCCGACGUCGUCAUACUUUUAACAGAUCAAAAUACAGUCAUAAAUAUGGAAAAUAAAUUAACGAUAGUUAACUAUGUUGUAUAUGUACAUUUACUAUAACAUAAUAAUAAUAACUAAUAAUAAGUCGGUAGGAAGAUUUACAUUCCUAUAAAAGUUGUUAAGUUUUGACUCGUCAGGGACCAAAACAUGUCAAAUUUCAUUGCUAUUCUCGCAUUUUUAAGCGAGUAAUGGGGGUAGGAUCA